AUGAAUCCCGCCGCUGCCGCCGCCACUCUCCACCUCUUCUUCCACGACUGCCUCGCCAACAGCUGCGACGCCUCCAUCCUCCUUUCCUCCACCCCCUUCAACAAGGCGAUGGAGAAGCUCGGCGUGUUAGGGAUUGAGACCGGAAGGCGGGGAGAGAUUAGGCACAGUGUGUAUCAGUUCAUUACUGUCUUCAGUCCAUUUCUCAUGGCCGCCUUACUUAUCUUCAAGUUAUUCAUUCCAUUCCUGCUAGUCAUAUGUGUAUUCAGUGCAAUAACAAAGCUAAACCGACUUCCACAGUUGGCAUGCUAUUUUCUCGUUAUACUAUUUUCAGACGUAAUGACCAUGCAUUUUUUCUUCCUGGUCCGGAAUACAGGAAGCUGGAUGGAAAUUGGUAACAGCAUCAGCCACUUCGGAAUCAUGAGUGCUCAGGUUGUCUUUGUGCUUUUGCUCUUUGCUCUCACGAACAUAUACACGAAAGAUAUCGACAUUGGUUCCGUGGACCGCUCCUCUCGGAAAGCAAUGUAGGUCGUGUUAAAUUGGGACUUUGGGCAUCAAAAUAAGUCACCAGUGUUCAGGAAAAGCGAGCAUUAACGCUGCGAAGGCACACCUCUUGCGGUCUUCUGCAAUUUUUUGCCCUUUAUUCCUACAACUGCUGAUUGCUCGUACAAAGUUCGACUGAAAUUUAAUGGGAGUCAGAGCAAUGGGAUUUUCCGAGUGUUCCCCAAAGAUCGCACAACGUUCGAUUGAAAUUUUGGCACUCUUCUCACAUGUCUUGAUUAGUUGAUACGAUUUAACCAGUUAUCCCAUAUAGAUAUUCAUUGAUCAAUUUUGAAACUAAAUUUAACAAGUACAAACUCCUUUUUUAGCUGUCUGAAAUAUUUGAUUGAUCAUAGAUUAAAUGUUACUAU